AUGACAGCGAUGUGCUCUCGUGGUCGCAUGGGAGGAAUAAACAUAGGUUCUGGGCGUAAUGCCUUUGAAGAAUAUGAGGAUAUCUUCCGCGUGAGAUACCAAUUUGGAAAGGGAUCAGGGAUAUUGAAAGCAUAUGCAGCCAUGGUUAUGACUAUUGACUUGCUCUGGCUUUACAAUAUCUCUCCUUUGGUACAGGUAUAUGUCAGGAGGGCAUAUGUGUCAUAUGAGAUCCACUGCCUCCGGCAUCUAGACAUCGGGCUGGAAACAUGUGUUGUUCAGUUCUCUUUCCUCCUUCCAACAUCUCACCCCAACAGGGUUGUACAUGCUCGAGUAUUUGCCAGUCAGGAAGAGCCAGGAGGAUCACCUUCAUCAGGACCUCUGGAGAGAUUAUCUCUGUCCCAUGCUUUAGCCUUGGAAUGUGACAGCUGCAUCCGCAUGGGUGUCAUGGCUGCAUUCACCAACUUUCAGGAUCUUGGGGAACACUUCCAGGAAUUCAUGGAGCUGCUCCUUGACAGUGAGACCUAUUCCCCCCGAAUUGUUUUAGAUAAUUCAGAAGCAUUCAGCCCCCCAGACAGAAAUUCACUCAGCCUUGGACCCACAAGUGGCUUUGUGGAUCGUGCUUCCAAUGCCAAAGUUAAGAAUGAGGAACCAUCCUUCAUUCUGAAUGUGGCAGUCCGCUUGAAUCAUGAAAGUGAUGACAAACAUUUGAGUUGUUGCUGUGAAGAAUUCUGUCAGGCUCACCUUGACUCUCUGAAGAAGUUCUCAGUGAGACGCAUAACAUUUGUUCUCCUGGUCAAAUACUGCCAUCCAAAAUAUUUUACUUUCCGAGCGAGGGAUGGAUUCAUAGAGGAUCGCAUCUACCGUCACCUUGAACCGUCUCUGGCCUUCCAGCUGGAGAUCAAUCGUAUGAGCACAUACAACUUGGAAGCCCUUCCCACUUCUAAUCAGAAAAUGCACCUGUACCUUGGAAAGGCUAAGGUGAGGAGACAGUUCAAGGACACAUCUUGGAUAUUCCAUGGGAUCAGAGGGGUGGCCAAAGGUCAGGAAGUGACUGACUACCGAUUCUUUGUGCGAUCCAUCAUCCGACACAGUGACUUGGUCACCAAAGAAGCUUCCUUUGAAUACAUGCAAAAUGAAGGAGAACGACUUCUUCUUGAAGCCAUGGAUGAACUGGAGGUGGCUUUUUCUCAUCCUUUGGCCAAACGCACAGACUGCAAUCAUAUUUUCCUGAACUUUGUGCCUUGUGUCAUUAUGGAUCCUUCCAAGAUAGAAGAGAGUGUGAGGUCCAUGGUAUUGAGAUAUGGACCUCGGCUGUGGAAGCUUAGAGUCCUUCAGGCAGAAUUGAAGAUUAAUAUUCGGACAAGCCCUUCUUCAAAGAACAUUCCCAUUCGUCUGUGCCUUGCUAAUGAGAGUGGUUAUUAUUUGGAUGUUUGCUUGUACAAGGAGGUCCCUGAUCCUCGUACUGGAGUGAUGAGGUUUGAGGCAUUUGGUGGGAAACAGGGAGCUCUUAAUGGACUUCCCAUCUCUGCCCCAUACAUGACCAAGGACUACCUGCAACUGAAGCGAUUUCAUGCACAGAGCAAUGGAACAACAUAUGUUUAUGAUUUUCCUGACAUGUUCCGCCAAUCUGUGGAACGUCAGUGGCACAAAUUUUCUCAGUCUCACCCCCAAGCUAAGCUGGAGAUCCCAGGGACAGUGAUGACAUGUGUGGAAUUGGUGAUGGACAAGUCAAUGGGAAAUGUCAUUGAGCAAAAGCGGCUCCCAGGAGAGAACCAAGUAGGAAUGGUCGCAUGGAAGAUGCGAUUGCAUACCCCAGAAUAUCCUGAGGGUCGUGAUCUUGUCGUCAUUGCCAAUGACAUCACCCAUCAAAUUGGAUCAUUUGGUCCUGGAGAAGAUGAAUUGUUCCUGAAGGCAUCACAACUUGCACGAAGUCUUGGGAUCCCUCGAAUCUACCUGGCUGCCAAUUCCGGUGCUCGCAUUGGUUUGGCUGAGGAGAUUAAGCACCUCUUCAGGAUUGCCUGGGAAGAUCUUGAAGAACCCAACAAGGAUAAGAUCAUUUCUGAGGCAUACUGCAUCAUCUAUGUUCAUCUAAGACUGAUGAUGAUGAUGGCUGAAAGCAUGUGGAUUUUCGAUCAGCUUUGA